AUGGCAGAUUUAAAAGAUAGUAUACAUGCAACUACAGAGAAGCUGACAUCAGAUUUGAAGAAAAUGACAAUGUACAAAACCUUUUAUGAAGAUCUCCAGAAAUUGGUAUCGAAAUCAGCUGUCAAAAAUACAAACUUUAAGAAUACCUUAUUAGAAGCGAUGAAAAUGAAUGGGAUGGAGAAUGAACUAAGGAACACAAUUUUUCAAUGGGUACGGUCUCAUAAAAAUCCUGCAGCGACCAGAGAGCCUUUGAUUUAUCUCAGGAAAUCACAAGCUACUUGGCAGAAAAGAAUUCAUAAAUCUUUAAAUUCAAUGGCAUCUGAAAUAAAAAUACACCUUGCACAAUCUAGAGUCUUGAGCGACAAAGAAGAAAUGAAUGAUAAAUGGAACGAACUUAGUAUUUACGAUGUAGAUUUAAGUCAAUAUCGUCCAGUCUACGCACCAAAAGAUUUCUUGGAAGUAUUAUUAGCAAUUCGCAGUCCGAAUUAUAAAUGCCCAAAUGUCAUGAAAUUACAGUGGGACUUCAUUCAGUUACCUUUAAUGGUAAAGACAUUCAAAGAAUUAAGGAACUUCUACAGUGAAAUAUCAAGAGGUGAUUUAUUAUUAGGGAAUAAUCCAAACAUGAAAAGUGAAAACCCUAAUUAUCCAACACUUUUAGCUGAAAGAACUGCAUUAGGAGAAAAAGUUCUGGAAACUAAUCAUGCUCCAGUGACCCAAGAAUAUUUAAAAAAAGGUUGUCCAAGAUCUUUGAGAGCAACAAUGUGGGUUCAGGUUCUUGGCGUAGAAGUCAAAGAAAAUGAAAAGCUGUAUUUCCAAUAUUUGAAAAAUGUAGUAUUACAGCAUGACUUAAUGGUUGACAAAUUAAUCAUAAAGGAUGUUCAACUAACUGCUUCAAAUGACCAUCAAUAUUUUGUGUUUGAAGAUGUACUGUAUCAAGUUAUGCUGUGCUUUUCAAGAGAUGCAGAAGUAUUAUGUAUAUUCAGCCACAGUUCAGCACAGCCAGUGCAUGGUGUUUUAAGAGGAAAGCCACCAACAAUAGAAAAUACAGUAAUAUAUCCUCCCAAUGGGAUAAUCCCAUUCCAUGGAUUCACAAUGUAUGCAACACCAUUUUGCUACCUUUAUGAUGAUCCUGUUCAACUUUAUUAUGUAUUCCGAGCUUUUUACACAAGAUACUGGUUUCGCCUACAUGAAGUUUCUUCUCACCCACAGGGCAUACUUUCACUUUGUAUUCUUUUUGAAAGGCUAUUACAUAGAUUAGAUAAUGAAUUGUGGUGCCACAUAAAAACAAGUGGUGUGCAACCCAUUCGCCUGACCUUCAAAUGGAUAAUGAGAGCAUUCAGUGGGCAUUUGUCUCCGGAACAAGUAUUAUAUCUUUGGGAUCUUAUCUUGGCAUAUGAUUCUCUUGAAAUAUUACCCAUUAUGGCAGUCACCAUAGUUGGUUUAAGGAAAGUGUCAUUAAUCAGAGUCAAAGAUUUAGCAGGUUUUGAGGCAGUGCUAGCAGAUCUCUCAUCCAUUACUGUAAUGCCUCUUUUACAAAUGGUACUUGUCAGCAAGCAUCUCGAUUCUCUAAUUAGGCUUCCAAAAGACACAACAAAAACAGGUUCUCUAAUAGAGCCAAAAACAAAAAAGGAUGGGAAAAAAUGA